AUGGAUCAAUUUAUAGAAAUUCCUCUGGUAUUCAAACACAUAAACUAAAAAUUUAUUAAACUUCGAACUAUGGUUCAUAUUAAACUUAUUCAACAAACCAGAGAUAUGAAUUAAUUGCUUAUUUAGACAUUCCUAAAUUACCAAUUUUCUUUACAGCUGUUGGCAAUUAUACGUAAAUUAAAUCUAUAUAAAGUAGCGAUAAUACAGCAGGAUGGGGGAUUAUUUCAGUUCAAUUUACUUCAGGGUAUUGUCCUUAAUAUUGUUCAAUAUGUGAAGUAUCAUUUAAGUGUAAAACUUGUGUAAGUGGAUACUAUUAUUAUAGAGAUGGUAGUUGCAUUGGUAAUUGCUCAAGUUCUUAUUAGAUAUUAAAUGGUACUUAUUGUUAUGAUUUCGAUGAUGAAACCCCUUGUAAAAUAUUUAUAUGUAUAUAGAUUCUAAAUAUUUAAUAUAAGAAUUUGUAAAUUCUGCCUUUGAUCCUCAGUAGUACGCAUAAUAUACAUUAGUCUCACAAAGCGGAAUAAAUUUUUUAAAGGGAUCAAAUAUAUAUUAUUCAAAUUGGCAGGAAAUUAGAGUUUUCGGAGGACCUUAUGUCUGGGCUUAAGCUAAAUUUUAAAGAAUUUAUAACAUCAUAGAUCCUCAUCAUAGUAUUACCAUAGCAUUUUAUAUUCUUUAUGGACCAUCAUUUCCUGAAGAUGGAAGUUUUAUUUACACAAUUGACAAUUAUGCCCUAGUUACUAAAUCAAAAACAAGUUAUUUUUCAACUUAUUCUGAUGAAAGUAGAUUAGAUAAAGUAUAUCAAAGAAUAUCACAUAAUAUAAAUACUUUAACAAUCACUUGGGAAUGUUUUGGACUAAAUAAUGAGCCAAUUAAAGCUUAUUGUGGAUUUUUUAAUUAUCAUAUUGCUGUUCAUUACUGCUAACCUUAUUGUUUAUAAUGUUUAGAUCAAAAUACAUGUACAUAAUGGAAUAGCACUUAUGAUGCAAGUAUUGUAAGAUUUUCUUAAUCUGAAUGUGAAAGUUAUCAAUAUUUUGAUAGAGAUUCAUUUAGAUGUUUGCAAUGCCAUUCACCUUGCUUGACAUGCACAUCUAAAAUAGAUUGUUAAACAUGUUAAUCUACUUUCACUUAAACUAAAUUAGGAUGUAUUUGUUUAAUGAAUUAAUAUGAAGAUUAAAAUUAAUGUUUUAAUUGCCCAAUUGAAUGUACUUAAUGUCUAAGUGCUUCAUAUUGUUUGGAGUGCUUAUUUAUUAAUAAUAGAUAACUAGUGAAUGGAUAAUGUAAUUGUCUAGAUGGAUAUUAUCCAAUUGCAUCAAAUCCUUAAUGUUAAUAAUGCCAUUAAUUUUGUAAUACAUGCACUGGACCUACUUCUGAUGAAUGUUUAACUUGUUCUAAUAUAAUUAAUAUCGAAUAAAUCGGAUCAUCAUGUAGAUGCCCAUCAGGAUCAUAUUAUUCAGAUCCAAUAAAAACAUGUUCUUUCUGUCAUUAUUCCUGCUCAACUUGUUUUAGAACUACAAUUGAAGGUUGCUUAACAUGUAAUCCUGCAUUAAAUAGAAUAUUAAAAGGAUUAAAAUGUGAAUGUGCACCUGGAUAUUUUGAAUUAAAUAAUGUUUGUACAAGUAUUUAAGAUCUUAGUAAUUAUAGGUUGUCCAUCUAUAGUAGAUACAUCUUUAACUGAAUGUUAUAAAUAAUGUAAUAAUAGUUAAUAAAUAUGGCAUACUAAUAUUUGUAAUUCUUGCGAUUCUGGAUUUCAAUUAGUAUCCGGAGAAUGUCAGCCUAUUUGUGGAGACUUAUAAAUAAAAGGAUAUGAAUAAUGCGAAGAUAAUAAUACUAUUUUCGAUGAUUUAUGCUAUAAUUGUUAAUUUCAAUGUCCACUUCAUUGUGAAAUUUGUGAUUUAACAACUUCAUUACCAUGUCCAGAUAUUUGUGGAGAUGGAAUUAUUACUGGAAAUGAAUAAUGUGAAGAUGGAAAUUCUAUCUAGUAUGAUGGAUGUUUUAAUUGUUAAUAUUAAUGUUAAUUGUAAUGCACAAAAUGUAUAAAAGGAGAAUGUAUUGAAUGUGCAACUAAUGGAUGGUUUAUUGAUCCUACAGUUACUCCUUGGUAAUGCAGAGAAAGAUGUGGAGAUUAUAUUAUUGUUGGAACUGAAUAAUGCGAAGAUGGUAAUUCAAGUGAUACAGAUGGAUGCAAGGAUUGUAAAUAUUUUUGUAGAAUUGGUUGUUCUUCUUGUAAUUAUACUAAUAAAACUUGUUUAAGUUGUGAAUUUCCUGGUUUUACUCCUGAUUCUUAUUAUUGCAGAAAUAUUUGCGGAGAUGGUUUAGUUGUAGUAGAUCCAUAUGGAUUCUAUUAUGAAGAAUGUGACGAUGGUAAUACAAUUAGUGGUGAUGGUUGCAGUAGUUCAUGUUAAUAUUAAUGCUAAUCAAUUUCUAUUUGUACUACAUGUGUCAGUAAUAGAUGUGAACUAUGUGCUUCGGGAUAUUUACUAACAACAAAUAAAAUUUGUGUUCCAAUUUGUGGAGAUGCAAUUUUAGUAACUGGCGAAUAAUGUGAUGAUGGUUUAACAUUACCAUAUAAAGGUUGUUAAAAUUGCAAAGCAAGAUGUUAAAGAUCAUGCCUUACUUGUUCUACUACUGGGCUUGGUUGUAAUACCUGUAAAACAGGUUAUACAAGAAUUGAUUAUUUAUGUUAUUCCAUCUGUGGUGAUUAAAUUGUAACAGAAGAUGAAUAAUGCGAUGAUGGAAACUUAAUUUUAGGAGAUGGUUGUCAUUUUUGUUAAUAUAGCUGUUAGGAUGAAUGUCUUAAUUGCAUUAAAGGAAUCUGUUAUGAUUGUUUAGAUGGUUACAAAUUGAUAUAAUCUAAAUGUUAUCCUAUUUGCGGAAAUGGAAUAAUAUAAAAAAAUGAGUAAUGUGAAAUUCAAAAUCAAUUAUAGACUUAAAUAAAUUGCAAAUCUUGUAAGCUUUCUUGUGAUAUGAACUGUGUUUUAUGUUUAUAUGGAAUUUGUUAACAAUGCAUUGAUGGUUAUGAGUUAUCUUUGAAUUAACUAUAAUGCUAUAAAUCUCUAUAAAAUACAAAUUUUGCCUUGGAAAACUGUCUGAUCUAAAUUAGAAAUUCUUGUUAUAAAUGUUAAGAUUAUGCAUACUAUGAUUAAGUAGAAUAAAAAUGCAAAUCAAAAGAAUCCACUAUGAGUUUUUGCUAAUAUUAUCUUAAAAUAUAACCUGAAAUUUAUUGCAAUCAAUGCUUUGAAUACUGCUCAUUAUGUAAUAAUAAUACAUGUGUUGAUUGUCAAACAGGUUACUAUUUAGAUGAAAACUAACAAUGUAAUUCUUUUUGUGGUGAUGGCAUACUUUCACAUGAUGAAUAAUGCGAAAUAAAUGAUUAAAAUUGCUUGAGUUGCAUGCUUGAAGCUCCACAACUAUGUGAAUUAUAGUUUUAAAAUCUUUGCUUUUAAUGUGAAUAUGGAUAUUAUUAUAAUUAUUAUUCAAAUCUAUGUGAAUCUAAAUGUGGAGAUGGAAUAAUAACUCACGAUGAAGAUUGCGAAGAUAACAAUUAUUAAGAUUUUGAUGGUUGUUAUCAAUGUAAAUAUUCAUGCAGUUAAUAAUGUAUUAAUUGUUUAAAGGGCGUAUGCUAAGAAUGUGAAUUAGGUUUCUUUCUUUACGAAGGAUUUUGUUUUAACGGAGAUAAAGUUAAUGAAUGUAGUAUGGAAUGUAAAAUAUGUCAAUAAGCUCAAUGCUUACUUUGUGAAAAAGAAUAUAAAUUCAAUGAAUAUGGUGAUUGUGUACCUGGUUGUUAAGAAGGAUGCAUAAAUUGUAGUUAUUCUUAAUGCUUACAAUGUGGAAUGGAAUAUUAUUUAUAUGAUAACAAAUGCAUUCUAAUAGAAUAAUGCUCAGUAGGGUUGUACUUAAAUUUAGAAUUAUUAAUCUGUGAAUCUUAGUGUGGUGAUGGAUUUAUAAAGGGUUGGGAAGAAUGUGAUGAUUAGAAUAGUUAAUAAUUUGAUGGUUGUUAUUCCUGUAAAUAUGAAUGCUUUGAAAAUUGUAUUUAAUGUAUAUAAGGAGAAUGCUUAUAGUGUUCUACAGAGUUUAAUUUAAUUGAAAAUUAAUGUUUAUCUAAAUGUUAAGAAUCUUGCCUUAAUUGUGUCGAAGGAGUAUGUUAAUUAUGCUCUAGUGGAUAUUAUCUAAACGAAUAUUAUAAAUGUACAAAAAUAGAUUGUGAAUAUGAUUUUAGUUGCACUUAAGAAUGUGGAAAUGGUAUAAUUGAAGCUUAGGAGUAAUGUGAUGAUCAAAAUUUCAUAAAUGGAGAUAGUUGUAAUAACUAUUGUGAAUUAACAUGCGAUCCUAAUUGUAUUAGUUGUGUAGAUGGGAUUUGCUUAUAAUGUGCAGAAGGAUGGAUAUUCAAUCUAUUCUUCUGUAAACCUAUUUGUGGUGAUUCAAUCAUGGUAGGAAAUGAAGAAUGUGAUGACGGAAAUUCCAUCAGUUUUGAUGGAUGUUUUUAGUGUUAAUUCUAAUGUAUUAAAUUUUGUGAGGAUUGCUAAUAAGGGGUAUGUUAAUCAUGUCAAACUAAUUUUGAAUUAGAUUUAUCAAAUAAUUCAUGUAAGCCUAUUUAGAAUUAAGUUUUAACUUACACAUAGCCUGAUUGUAAACAAUAUAAUAACGACUAAUGCAUAUAAUGUUAAGCUGGAUAUCUUGAUUUGAUAACAAAUGUUUGUAUAAUUAAUUAUAGUAUGAAUAAAUGCACUAAAAAUUGUAAAUAUUGUGUACAUGAAAAAUGUUUAGAAUGUGAAUAAGGAUACUAUGGUAACAGAUGUACUCCUAAAUGUGGAGAUGGCUUAAUAGUUAAAGAAGAAGAAUGUGAUGACGGAAGUUCAUAUUAAUUAGAUUCUUGUUUAAAUUGUAAAUAUUAAUGUCCUGAAUAUUGUAGUAAAUGUGCUUAUGGUGUAUGUACACAAUGUUAUUAAGGUUUUUAUUUGGAUAUUGUUAGUAAUUCUUGUAAUUCUAUUUGUGGUGAUAAAAUAUUGGCAAAUGAUGAAGUUUGUGAUGAUGGUAAUGAAUUGAGAUAUGAUGGAUGUUUUGAAUGCAAAUUUUAAUUUUAAAUGGAAUGUUUAGAUUGUUAAUUUGGUAAGUGUAACUUAUGUGAACCACCAUUAUUUUUAGUUUAAUCUCAAAGUAUUUGCGAACAAUUAAAAUAAUGUGAAGAUUUGACUGGAUUAUAUUAUGAUAUCUUAAAAAAUGAUUGCUUACCUUAGUGUGGUGAUGGUAUUACUGCAAGUACUGAAUAAUGUGAUGAUGAAAAUUAAAUAAAAUAUGAUGGAUGCUUUGAUUGCUAAUAUUAAUGCCAUGAAAUGUGUAAUAAUUGUUAAGAGGGAAAUUGUAUGUAAUGUAAUUCUAAUUAUUUAUUAAUUGAUAAUAAAUGUAUUGUUAAUCAAGUAGAAAAAUAAGAGGAACCCUUAUUUAAUAAUGAACAAGAAAAAGUAAAAGAUGAAAAUUAUACAUCCAUUCAGAAUGAUUAAGAUUCUAAUAACUUUUUUGAAUCUGUGUGUAGAAAUGAUGAAUGUAUAUUUUCCCCUCAACCAAAAAUGUAACUUGAUUAUAAUUAUUUUACUUUCAACAUCUAGCAUGUACUUAUAAAUUUCAAUUAACAAGUUAGACUAAUUAAUUAACAGAUCACAAAAAUGGAAUUAUUUAAUAUUACUAUACAGGAUUUAGAUAUCAAAAAUUAUAAUAUCAAGCUUUAAUCAAUUUAAGAUAUUUCUUAUGA